AUUUCCUCUCUUUUCUCUGUUUGCUUGCUGAGAAAAUGUAGGAACUGAAAGUAGAUGUUGGGAGUUUUUUUUAGAGUGAUCUUUCAAGCUUGAACGCUACUAAGCGCCCUUGCUAAUAGUAUAGUGUUGUGGGGUAGGUUUUUCACGUAUCUUCUUUUUCAUGUUUUACGACCUCAUACGAGGAAUUCAACUAAGAAAUACCUUGUAAAGCUAUUUGGCUCGAUUGAAGUUGGUUUCCAUUUUCCUUUUGAAGAAGUAAUGGUCCAUGAGACAGCGAAUUCCAAAUUUCUUUAUCCCAAAAAAGAUUGUUCAAACGUUUAUAUUUCUUUCAAUUUCGUUUCUGUUUCCUCGAAUUUCCCGGCUACCGCCUGAUAUCAGGUAUUAUGUUCCAAGACAUAACUACUCUAUUACUAGAUCCGAAAGCCUUCAAGGACACAAUCGAUUUGUUCGUAGAGCGAUACAAAGGCAAAAACAUUUCUGUCGUUGCAGGGGUAGAAGCUCGUGGAUUUAUAUUUGGUCCUCCCAUUGCUUUGGCUAUUGGGGCAAAGUUUGUUCCUUUAAGAAAACCAAGGAAGCUGCCUGGUCAAGUUAUUUCUGAGGAGUAUAUUUUGGAAUAUGGAAGGGACUGUCUUGAGAUGCAUGUUGGAGCGGUGGAACCUGGAGAACGUGCUUUGGUGGUUGAUGAUUUAAUUGCCACUGGUGGCACACUCUGUGCAGCUAUGAACUUACUAGAAUGCGUUGGAGCAGAAGUAGUUGAAUGUGCAUGCCUGAUUGAGUUACCUGAGUUAAAGGGCCGUGGGCGCUUGAAGGGUAAGCCAUUGUAUGUACUAGUGGAGUAUCAAUGAUCGUGGAAAAUGUACAAUUUGCCUGCAAUUGUUCACCAUAGGGGAUAAUAUAUUAUUGGGUAUAUCCAAUCUGGAAUCUGAUUUCCUCUUCACCUCCCCCUCUCUCCCCCCCCCCCUUUUCACUCCAAUUUUAAUGGAUUUUGAUGUACCUGGAUUAUAUUGAUAAGUAGCAUAGAACAUUGAAAUAUGGAAAGGCGUUGAUUUGAGAAA